AUGGCUGCACCGAAGCCGGCUCCUCGCGUAGUGCGUGCGCCUGACUUGAAGGCCGUUUUGAACCUACAGUUCAAGUCGAAGAAGCGGUUGGAAGGAAGAAUCAGGUGGUUCGACAAAGAGAAGGGCUUUGGCAAGAUCCUGCCGCUGGAGGCCCGCUCGCUGGAGACCGAGGAGAUCUUUGUGCAUAGAAACCAGAUUGAAGAUGGUCCUGACAGUGACAACUAUGCUGCGCUUGCUCCUGGUGCGCUGGUCUCAUAUGAGAUGACCACGCAAGAGGAUGGGAAGCCAUGUGCUGGCAACGUCCGGGUGCAGGGUUUUGCCAAGGUUCUUCAGGAUGGUCUGGCCAUCGCCGCAGGAGCAGCGCUGUCUGCCAGAGAGGCAAAGCUGCGGCAAUUGCUUCUGCAGGGCCUUCAGACAGGCGUGUUUCAGGAGAAGGGCCACAAGAAGGCUCUCAUGGAGGAUGGCCUUUUGCAGGGUGCCCCUCGAGAAGUCGGCUCGUUGGGCUCAUCAGGAAAGCCUGCCGCCAUGGUCCUCUUCGCAGUGAUGGAUGGCCACGCAGGAGUUUCCUGCAGCAACUUUGUUGCCCUGAACUUGGAGCGCAAUAUCCUGGACUCACUUCGUGACCAGCGCAAGCGCGAUGCCAAUGCCGAGCAGAUACUCAAAUCUGCUUUGCUUGCGGGCUUCAAAGUCACGGAGCAUACCUUUCAGCAGUAUGCCAACAAGCUAGAAGGUGGUGCAAGCCGUGCCUGGGCCACCUCCGGAAGCACUUGCUGCGCGGCUUGCCUGGCUGGACCAGACGAGGAGGGCAGGCUCCGGCUGAUCAUCGCAAACGUGGGAGACAGUCGGGCAGUCCUGGGCAAGAAGGAUGGCUUUGCCGUCCGCCUCUCGGUGGACCAUAGGCCCGACAAUGCCGCAGAGCGCAGGCGUGUGGAGCACCAGGGUGGCACUGUGGCGGCUUUUGGAGGAGCUCAUAGGGUGAUCCUGAAGGCGAGAGGGCAGGUGGCAGCUGGCCUUUCGGUCACCCGAUCGUUCGGAGACGUGGAUUUCAAGUCUCCGGAAGUCGUCACAGCUGUGCCAGAGUUGUCGGCAUUCGCCAUUGACCCUGAGGAAGAUGUGAUGUUGAUCUUGGCUUCCGAUGGCAUCCAUGGCAGCGUCUCGGAUGUUGAGGCCGUUCGCCUGGCCUCAGCGCAGCUCCGGGAGGGUGGCGCCAAUGCCGCAGAGAAGGCAGCACGCGUGCUGGUGGAGACGGCUCACGAGCGGGAUCCUGCAGACGACAAGACGGCUUUGGUGAUUUGGUUUGGUGAGCGCCCAGACAAUGUCAGUGCGAGCAUUGCCACUGCACCUGGGGAAGAGGACCUCUUCGUCUCCGAUACGCCAGCAGAGAGUGUGGAGCCUGAUCAGGUGCCAGUUGAGUCGGUGCCUGCGGAGGAUAUGUUUGCCGAUGGCGCAGACCCCAUGGAGAUGGCGCUGCUGGAUGACAUCUUCGGCGCCUAUGCUCGUGAGAUGGGUGUUGACGUGGAAGAGUCGGGCACCAGCCAGGCCCAAGUCAAGAGAAAGGCGACGGAAGAGGGCAAGCAGCCUCAAAAGCGAAAGAAUAGCUCAAAGGCUGCCAAGAAAGUCUUCUGA